CUUAACCACUUACAUCGUAUUCAGCUUUCACUGUUAAGAGACUAAUCUUCUCCGCCUCUCCUCUUGGCAUCCCAAGAUCUCCGAGUGGGCGUGCCCAACCCGUUGGCUCACCAGAUCGGACCCUAGCGCACAUCACUUAAACCCGCCCUUCAAGGUAUAUACUUCACUAACACCCCGAUCUUGAUCCUUUCCUUCUGAUCGGAUGUGAAUUCAAAAAUCACGGGUCACUUCGUCAGACUGCAGCAGCCGUUUUGCCUAUUUAGCAAACGGCCGAUUCGUGCUUUCAUUCUUUUAUAGGGUCGGCUCUCUGUUUUAUAGCUUUAUAGCUGUACAUGUUUCACCUUGCACUCUCGACUUUGGAACUAAAUACACUCCCUAUUGCUCCUCUUGAAGCUAUACCUGAGUCCUCUUGACAACUGAGACUCGGAAAAUUACCUAAACCCCCAGAGCUGGGCACGAUGGCUUCCCCAGCAAUCCAACCCAGAAUAUCACCACAUGGUCGAUACGCCUGGCCUUAUGCAGUACAACUCCAAUCCCACGACUACCAUAUCUAUCCAACGGUCUGCCAUGCCAACCCAAUUCAUGGUAGAUAACGCAUACACCAUGGCUCCCAUAACUAGCCCACAAACACAACAGUACCACCACAGCAAUCCUUACAUGUUUGGGCCAUACUCACCUUCAUCUCCUUCCGCAACAUCAUCUUUCAAGAGUUACCACGAAGAAUGCCCACCUCAACCACGUGCGAUGACAAUUGAUACCGAAGUAGUACCUGUUGCGUAUCAAAGGGAAGCCUGUCAGGCGUAUCCUGGAGAGCAAGGCAGAAGGCCCCAAAUCAAGUACGAGCCAGAGGUCGUCACUCGACGAUCCUCCACCGCGCCUGUUCCCACUGCGUCGAAGACAAUCACCCGGAACGUCGCGGAAAACGCAGCUAAUGAAAUAGUAUUCCACACUGAAGUCGACACCCUUAUGAAGGCCAUCCAAUCGAGGGACGACAACGAACUGGAACCUUCGGACUUUGGAGAGUCUGCUUACCCUUCUCCGCAGCCAGACGAGGAAAAGUUCAAUCUCCGCAGGAAGUCAUGUAGCCCCGAAGAAGCAAGCCCAUCUUCUAGUAGCCAGCUUGGUAGAGAGCGACAGAAGCGCUAUAUCUGCGAUAUUAAGGGUUGCGGAAAGCGAUGUUCCCAGAAGACCCAAUUGGAAACUCACAAGCGAGCCCACACGGGAGAGAAACCCUUUAAGUGCGCAGAGCCCGGAUGUGGUUUAGGAUUUACUCAACGAGGCAACUUGAAGACCCAUACGCGCAGACACACUGGAGAGAAACCCUACCAGUGUGAUAUUUGCGGAAAGGCAUUUGCCCAGCUUGGCAAUGUAAAACCUCACAAAUUGACACACUUCCCGACGAAGCCCUUCCACUGUAUUCUCGAUGGCUGUACGAAGACGUUUAGCCAAAGGGGCAACCUUAAGAACCAUCACAACACAUUCCACAAGGAUACAAUUAAGGAGUUGACAACGAAGUUCAAGAAUUUAGGUGUCGGCGAGGAACUCUGCGCCGAAGAGCAGAGAUUGUUCAAGCACUUCGCAGAACUUUACAAGAAUAGCAACAAGGGCAUUAAAGGUCGAGGCCUCAACCGCAAAGUCGCUCCCAAAGGCCACGGUCCGGUCGGAAUCAACAAUACACGUCAAUACCCCGUCGCUCCUCCGUUACCGCUUGUCCAACACCAGGCAUACCAGACGCAUAUUCCUCAGCAACAUGGACUACCAAUUCCCGAGAACUUCGCCGACUACGCCAUGUCGCGGACGGGUCCCAGGGGUACUAUCGCGAUGACCCGCGACCAGCAUACCCCAUACGGAUCAUAUGAGAUGGACCAGUCGAGUAUUGCCUCAAGCGAAACUGCUACCGCGUCCAAUAGCCCGAGCUCCGUCUACGAGGACGAGUAUGGCCGCGCAUUUCCUCAGCACCGGAUGUUUUAAGAUUCCGCCAUUCUCUGCUACAUAGAUUCUUAGAUCUUCGAAAGCACUUACGACCGUAACGACCAGUACAAAUAACACCAAGGCAUGACGAACUUGUGGAGAUUCCAAUGGGAGGAGCGCAACACUCAGAUCAAUACAUUCGUGUGCGCAUCAAAAGCAAAUUUUUGGGCGGUCUUCUUCUUCGAGUUCAAGAUACCACACAUUGUUAAUAACGUAAGAAGGGAGGUGAUCUG